CGUCCCGCGAAAGCAACCGCUGCUUCCUUCCCUUCUCCGCUACGCCCCAACUUCCACAUCGACCCAGCAAAUUAUAGCCAUCACUUUUCUUCCUUCAUUUCAAUAGCAGAUUGGGGAAGAAAAGAGGGUGAAUUUCAAGGAAAUCAAUCUGCUUCAAGCUCGAUCGAAGGCAUCUUUGAAAUCCAUAUUGUUGCUCGGGGACACAGAAAAGAAUUGCCAAGUGGCAAGAAGGAAGGAGUCUGAGGGAUUAAUCUCAAGAUGUUUGCAGAGUAUAUUACCAAACUUCUUCUGGUGUUCUUUGGGUAUGCUUAUCCAGCUUUCGAAUGCUUCAAGACAUUGGAGCAGCCCCAUGGCAACUACACAGUUCAGCUUCGAUUCUGGUGCCAAUACUGGAUAAUCGUGGCGAUACUCACCGUCGUCGAAAUGCUCUUGGAAGUCCUAGUCUCAUUGAUACCGAUGUAUGGCGAAGCCAAGGUAGCCUUCUUGGUCUACUUGUGGUACCCCAAAACUAAGGGAAGUGAUCUAGUUUACGAAACCUUCCUUCGGCCCGUGGUGAUGCAAUACGAGCCCAACAUCGAGGAGAGGUUCAGAAACCUGAGGCCUAAACUUGGCCAACUCCUUGUCUUCUAUCUCAGGAAUUUUACAGAGAGAGGCUACACUCUGUUCCAGGAUGUCCUCCAGUACGUAGUUUCCCGGAGAUCAGGCAACGAGAAGAUUAAAGGCUCAUCAUCCAAGAAUAAGAAACACGAUGAACUGGAGGACUUCGCAGAAGCCCUUCUUGGCACAAACGCGAAGCAGCGCCCGUCUCGACAACGCAAAUAAGGCUACAGAAUCCCCAUCGAUUCAAUUGGCAGGGAUAGAAAAAAAGACAAAGAGACAGCCGAUAAGGAGGACAUAUUAAAAUUGGGAGGGGAAGGAACUCUGUACAAAUCAAACUGUUGUGUGUGCUUUUGAUUUGUGGCUUCUUUUUCAUUGUUCUGUGAUCGAUUUGUUCUGGCUUCGUAAAUGGGUACUCAGCAUUUGAUGUGAA